CGUGCGGAUCGGAAGCUGGAGUAUCAACAUGGCGGCGGCGGCGGACGACCCGCGGGUGGAGCACGGAGACGCCCUCGAGUUCUGGCUCAACAAGGCCACCAACCCCCUGAACAAGAAGGAGGAAUGGGAGGACAUCAUGGGAUUCUGCAACAAAGUCAACCUGGAGCUGGAAGGGCCUCUGCACGCCACGCGUCUCCUCAGUCACAAGAUCCAGUCCCCGCAGGAGUGGGAGGCCAUGCAGAGUCUGACGGUGCUGGAGGCCUGCAUGCGCAACUGUGGCAAGCGUUUCCACGACGAGGUGGGCAAGUACCGCUUCCUUAACGAGCUCAUCAAGGUGCUGUCGCCGAAGUACCUGGGCUCUCGCUCGCCGGAGAAGGUGAAGAGCAAGAUAGUGGAGCUGAUGUACAGCUGGACCGUGGGCAUCCCCGACGAGACCAAGAUCCAGGACGCGUACCACAUGCUCAAGGGCCAGGGCAUCGUGAAGGCCGACCCCAAGCUGAGCGAGGACAACAUCCGCUACAUCGUGCCGCCCCCUCCACCCCGCCAUGACAACACCCUCUUCGAAGACGAGGAGAAAUCCAAGCUGCUUGCGCGGCUGCUGAAGAGCACACACCCCGAGGACCUGGAGGCGGCCAACCGGCUCAUCAAGACCGUCGUGAAGGAGGACCAAGCCAAGAUGGAGCGUGUGGCCAAACGUAUCAACGCGCUGGAGGAGGUGGAGAAGAGCGUCCGGCAGCUGCGCGAGCUGGUGGCAGAACACCGGCGCGGCGGCGGCAACACCACCACCUCCGCGGCGGACGGCGCCAGCAUCUCGGAGGCGUACAGGAGGUGUGAGCGGAUGAGGCCCACGCUCUUCAAGCUGGCGAGCGACACCGAGGACAACGAGGACGCCCUCGCCGACAUCCUGCGAGCGAACGACGAGCUCACGAGCGUGAUGGAGACGUACAAGUCCGAGGUGGAGAGGCUCUCGACGGUCAAUGGCAUGUCCAGCCCCACGGCAGCCCCCACCAAGGGUGGUACCUCAUCCCUGAUCGAGCUGGCGGGGCUGGAGGUGGCAGCGUCGCCAGCGGCUACUCUCCUGGAUGACGAGCUCAUGUCCCUGAACCUCACAGACGCGACUCAGACCUCCGCCGCACCCACGCCGCUUAACUGGACUUCAUUCCAGUUGGGCUCGGCGCUGAUGGACGGCGCCACUCUCUCCGUCACGGCGGGGACGCCGGCGGAGGCGGCGCCGGUGGCGCCAGCCCCUGUGGGCGGCCUGCAGGAGCUGGAGCAGAUCGGCAAGUCCCUGCUGCAGCAGGCGUUGCCUCCCGGCACGCAGCAGGUCAAGUGGGCAUCCACGGCCCCUAAGCAGACGCUACGAGAGCUCCAGCAGAGCAAAAUGGAGACGGCGCCUAAAGGGGCGGCACCUGUGACCCCCGUGGGGUCGUCGUCCGUCCCGACUCCCGCCGCCGCCGCCGGCGGCUUGCUUGGUGGGGGUCUCCCCCUAGCGGCCUCCCCGAGCUCCUCCUUCGCUGCCGCCCCGUCAUCGUCCGUCUCCACCUCGCUCCUCACCCCCGCGGUCGCCACGCCGCCCACCUCGCUCGCCUCUCACACGGCGUCCAGCCCGGCGAGGCCCGGCGGCCCGGCCGGACAGGCCGACAUCUCCCUGACCAAUGUGUUCGUGCCGCUCGACUCCAUCAAGCCCAGCAACGCCGCCCCCAUCACCGCGUACGACCGCCACGGCCUGCGCGUGCUGCUGCAUUUCUCGCGGGGCUGCCCCCCUGGCCGGCCGGACGUGCUGGUCGUGGUACUGUCUGUGAUCAGCACGGCGCCCCAGCCCAUCUCCGGCCUGCUGUUCCAGGCGGCCGUCCCCAAGAAUAUGCGUGUGAAGCUGCAACCAGCAUCCGGCACGGAGCUCCCAGGGUUCAACCCCCUGCAGCCACCGGCGGCCGUUACCCAAGUCAUGCUGCUCGCAAACCCCAACAAGGAGAAGGUGCGCCUGCGUUUCCGGUUGGCGUUCACGCUCGGCGAGGAGGUGUUCAGCGAGGUCGGAGAGGUGGUGGACUUCCCGCCGGCGGAGAGCUGGAGCAGCCUGUAGAGCCCCCCCCUCCCCGACUCGUCGUGUUCUACCACGCCAUUCGUGGCGGCGGCGGCGGCUCAACCCGUCCACCCAGAGGCGUCGCAGCGCCCCUUGUCAAGUCUGCCCGCUCGAGAGGGCCGUGCAGCAUCCACCAAACGACUUUAAACAGCAAUGGGGCAUCGCUGUUUCCUGCCUGGGAGACGCCGGUCUCUUGUAGCCCCACUGCACGGGGCAGUGGGGGAGGUAGUUCACACCGGUAGUUCACGCCUGCCGCUCGGCAGCAAUUUCGCUGAACGGCGCAAGCCUCGGUGCUUGCCGUGCUGUUCCCUGUGUGUGCGUGCUUUGCAGUGAGUGUUAGCGUUCCUUCUCUGCAGCGGAAGCUGCUGCUGUUCGUGGCAUUGGCUGCCACGCGCGUCGGCGAAACGCGGCAAAUAACGCGAGGUUUAUUUUUUUUGUUUCUUCGUAAACGGCAAUAUGUAAGGAGUGAGCAGCCAGCCCCGUUCCUUCCGAUGGGGCCCCUCUGGCCGGGCUGCGAGGAUGUUGGCGACACGCCGAGGUUCGGAGGCACCUGGGGGGCGAAACCGGGACUCUCCCAAAACUCUGAACAUGUAGAAACCACAGGAUUCUUUCCACAAGACUCGGCAUCUCUUUACAAAUCGCUCGCCCAAUGGGCACCAUUGGCCAUGAUGGAUCGUGACCCUGCCUUUGUUCCCUCUUCCCCACCCGGCUGUACGCCUCGCACCUCUGCCCCUAUUGCACAUGAAGAGGUGGAGAAGGCAAUUGCUGUUGUGAGGAGGGAGAUGUUGGGGAGAUCUUGGGGAGCGUGGGUUCGGGGCUGGUGGAGGGUGAUGUCUGUACAGAGUCGCUGCCCUCCGUGCUCGGUCGCUUCCACUCGUGCAGCCUCUUGGGAGUUUGUGCGGGGGGGGGGGUGGUGGGUUGGUGGGGGGGGGUUGUCGUGGCGAUUACGUCAGACGGCCGAGGUAACCUGCACGCCAUUGGCUGCACUACCAUUGGCUGCACUACCAUUGGGCUGACAGUGUUUCGAGUGUCCACCAGUAGACAGCAGCGGACGCCUGCAGGCCCGAGGAUAGCCGUGCGCUGCACGCGAUCGCUGCACACGAUCGCUGCACA